AUGGAAAACGAUCUCUCUUGUGGCUCGGGCAGACAAAGUGAUGCCAACUUGUCCACUAUGAUGCCGAGCGAUCUGGACUAUGAAUACAGUAAGAACAUGCGCAACAUCUCUGUCCAAACCGGUGAAGAAUUUUCUCCCGAGUUUCUUAGGGAUCGUGUAUCUCGAAGAACACCUUUCACGAACGACGCCAGUCAGGUUCCCACAAUUAAACCGAGCUGUAAUGCAAUCCAAAAUCAUCACCACUUAGAUUUUUCUCCUGGUAAAGCAUAUGCAUUUGAUGCAGACAAAGGUUAUAUGGACAGGUCGAGUACGUAUCAAAAGAAAUUGUCAGCUGACUUUGAUAAAAGCAGCCCAAGGUCCGCUAUUUCCGUUUGUUCAUCAGAUUAUUCCCCAAACGCCAAAGCAUCGGGAAAUUUGGACCGUACUUUGUCUGGGAAAAUCAAAUUCCUCUGCAGCUUCGGGGGAAGAAUUCUACCGAGACCCAAUGACGCAAAGUUGAGAUACGUUGGUGGGGACACACGGAUCAUAUCCAUCAGAAAGGACCUAACUUACAAUGAGCUUGUAAAAAAGACAAGUGCAGUGUGCAGUUAUCCCCACAUGAUCAAGUACCAGCUCCCGGGGGAGGACUUGGAUGCCCUCAUAUCUGUCUCCUCAGACGAGGACCUUCACCACAUGAUCGAGGAGUAUCACGAUCUGGAAAGAAAAUCACAGAGGCUCAGGAUUUUUCUCGUUUCUUGCGGUGAACUCGAGGGCCCGGGUCCUGAAACGAGGGGCAGACAGAAAAGUGAUUCCGAUUAUCAGUAUGUAGUUGCGGUUAAUGGCAUGAGCCCGCAAAGGAGCUUGAGCAGGGAGAGUCUCGAGAGCCAGUGGAUGAAUAAUAACCCGGAAGAGAGCCCAACCGUGCAGCAAAAAGAUCCCGCCAAUGCAUUUCGUCACUUGGAAAAUCUCAAGCUGAUGCUUGUGGGCCCAGGCUCCUCCCCUCCAUCAUCUCCCUCUCAGUUUAAAGAUCCAAAGACUUCGUACGUGAGGACAUAUGACAAUGUUGCGUGUCCUUAUGGGUAUCAAAUUAAUUGCCCGUAUGUUGUGGACACCUCAGUUUAUGAUAACCCCGCCUGCGUGGAUACUGCACCUUUGGUGGAAGGUGCAGGCCCGGUCAGCAGCCAUGUUGCACAAUCGCACUCACCGUCUGUUGCGGGGUCUCAAUUUCAUGUUGCAAGUAGUGAAUUUCUGUCUUCUUUGGUGUAUGGUAUAAAUGGUUAUACAGAUGAAAGUAGAGGUUUUCUAAAUCCCGAGAAGUUAGUUCCUCCUGCAGAUAUGUUUUGUUUUUCUCCUGUCUCUGAUUUUCAUGCUAAAUGUACAGUAAUCGAUGCCUCGGAAUUAGCACUGCCGUCUAAUGACGAGAGGAGAUUCACUUUGGAACAUGGGAUGGAAAUGAGUUAUCAGCCCUUUGCUGUUGGAAAUUCGCCAUUCAUUGAUGCAUCCAGUUCAUCUCAAGGAGUAGUUAACCAACGCACGGCAUACGAGAGAUAUCUCACAUUGGGGAAUAAGGAUCACACCUUUCAGGAAUCUUCAAAUCUUAACAAGGAUAUCACUGAAUGUGGUAAAGGUUCGACAAAUUGGAUGGAGAAUAAUGAAAUUUAUUUUGAUCAGGAUGUGAAACUCAGUGCUGUUGCCAACAACCAUGCCUCAAAUUCUGAUUUUUUGGAGAAAAAGGCGAAUUUACCUCAAAUAAUAUGUCAACCGAAUUCGAUAUUGUCAGUUGAUGUUCCAAAAUCAGAGCCGCAGCUGAUUGGGGCCAAGCGUUCUUCUUCAUCUUCAUUGUGUAGUUCUGUAGAAAAUCCAUCAGACGUCUGGAAAGAGCUAUCCGAAAAUUACCAAAUAAGCUCAAACAAACCCAACUUUCUCAUUAGGAGCCAGAGAGCUGAUAGUGAGCCGAACCAAGAUGGUCAUAAUGCUAUCGAUGGCAAUACAAGCUUUUUUGGAUGUCACGUGCUUGAACCUGAUGUUGUGAGGAAAGAACAUAACGACCAAUCAAACUUCAUAGAUUUGGUUCAAUUACCUGAAAAUGAAUCUGGUUUGGGUUUAUACACUAGGGGUCCUCUUGUUUUGCCAGAAACAACCGUAAAUGAUGCUUUAGGCGAAGUAUCUGUUGAAAGUAUAACGAAAGAGAAACCUGACAGGAAUUCUCGUGAGGAAAUGACGAUUAGGAGUGCUACUACUGUCAGUUCUAAGUCAUCAGAUAAUGUUCAAGAAAUUUCUGAACCAGAAAAGCCUUUUGUAGAUGAACACAGUGAAGAAUCUAACUAUGCAUCGGAAGAUGAUGACGAUGGAGCUGGCAUUGACGACAAGGAUGAACCCAUAAGUGAUGCUGCAAUUAUCGAAAUGGAAGCCAGCAUAUAUGGUUUGCAGAUCAUUAAAUAUGCUGAUGUUGAAGAAUUACAAGAGCUAGGAUCUGGUACCUUCGGGACAGUAUAUCAUGGAAAGUGGAGGGGUACAGAUGUUGCUAUCAAGAGAAUAAAAAAGAGUUGUUUUGCCGGAGGAUCUUCCGAACAAGAAAGACUGACCAAAGAUUUUUGGAGGGAGGCUAAGAUUCUUUCCAGGCUUCACCAUCCUAAUAUAGUAGCAUUUUACGGCGUGGUUCCUGAUGGGCCUGGCGGUACACUGGCCACCGUGUCUGAGUAUAUGUCUAAUGGGUCAUUGAGACAUGUUCUCACGAGGAAGGAUAGAGCACUAGAUCGGCGUAGAAAGGUUAUAAUCGCACUAGAUGCAUCUUUUGGCAUGGAGUACUUGCAUUUGAAAAAUAUUGUCCAUUUUGAUUUAAAAUGUGACAAUUUGCUAGUUAACUUGGGCGAUUCUCAGCGGCCUGUGUGCAAGGUCACUGAUUUUGGACUAUCAAGAAUCAAACAGAACACUCUCGUGUCAGGUGGCGUUCGAGGAACACUUCCUUGGAUGGCUCCGGAGCUUUUAAAUGGAAACAGUAGUCGCGUCUCUGAGAAAGUAGAUGUUUUCUCUUUUGGUAUUGCCAUGUGGGAGAUUUUGACUGGAGAAGAGCCAUACAUUGAUAUGCAUUGCGGUGCCAUCAUAGGUGGAAUUGUAAAUAACACGCUGAGGCCUGUGAUCCCCGAGCGUUGUGAUCAUGAGUGGAGAAAGUUGAUGGAGGAAUGCUGGUCACAUGACCCAGCAGCAAGGCCUUCUUUUACUGAGAUCACAAAACGGCUCCAGGUUAUGUCGACCGCUCUCCAACCCAAGAGGUUCAAUAAUAUAGUUAAAAGAUGA